GAGAAGAAAAGGGCUGCAGCAUAACUCGGACAUCAUCUCUGCGGUAAGAAGACUUGGAAAAAGUUUCAAAGCAGAGGAUCCUGGAACACACUCCCAUCUCAUACCGUGCAUAUCUGUCCAUCACCGAGCUGAGAGGCCGUUGACAGGAGCGUGAAAAAAGGCAACAGGGGAAAGGACGAAGGGAGUUAGGUAUAGAGGAUAUAAGAGCAAGCGCUCAAAGACAGAGGGAGAGCAGGGGCCGAGGAGGAGAGGAUGGAGGCUCUGGUCCUUGUGUUGAAGAGUCACCCAGGCCCGUCAGUGCUGGUGUUCUCUCUGAUGUUCAGGGUGAUCCACCGGUUGCUGCAAAGGCUGCCUGUGCCCAAAGUGGUGAGGCAGGACGACUUCAGCACCUGGAAGUGGAAGAACCUCAGCGUGUCAGUGGUGCACUCUCUGCUGACUGGGACAUGGGCCCUGACCUGUGUGGUGCUUUGGCCCGAGAUGUUGAGCAACAUUCACUCUUACAACACCCCUCUGUCCUACCUGCUCGUCUGCAUUUCGACAGGAUACUUUGUGCAGGAUGCAGGUGAUAUUAUCCUGACAGGACAUACUAAAGCAUCAUGGGAAUUCCUAGUCCAUCAUGUGGUGGUGAUCUCGUGUUUCCUGUACUCCCUCUACACUGAGCUGUAUGUAGCCGGCGCUGUACUCGCUCUCUUUGUGGAGGUCAACAGUGUUACCCUCCACCUGAGGCUGUUGAUGAAGCUGGGGGGCGCUCAGUUCUCCUCCAUGUACCGCAUCAACAAACUCGUCAACAUCCUCACCUACAUCACGUUCCGCAUGGGCACCCAGGCCUACCUCACCUGGUACCUCAUCCACAACUACACCUGGCUGACCAACGGUUUAUUCUUCCUCAUCUCCAUGAUAGUGAUGGAUAUUAUGAUCCUGAUUUAUUUCUACCGCCUGCUCCGUGCAGACUUCUUGCCCCGGAGUAAGAAAUCUAUGGGACACAAUGGAUCGUAUAACAACAACUCCAAAAAGUUUCCCUGUGAUUGACUGGGGAAGGUUUACAGACCUAAUAGGCUAUUGUGUUGUUAUUUAGGGUGGGAGUUUACACAUUUUGUAUUUUUCAAACUGACACCAAUUUUCGUGACGACAGGUUCCCUUGUUGUGUCUCAUUGCCAAAGAAUCCCUCCCCAAAAAAACUAAAACAAACAAGAUGCAGCCUUGUUCAGAAAUGUUGAAAAAGUCAGAAAUGUAGCACUUUUACUCUAUAUUAAAAUUACUUUAUGUAUCGUGUAAAGGAAUAAGUCAACAUUUUGGGAUAUAUGUUAGUUAGUUGCUUUCUUGGAAAGAAUUAGAUGAGACAAUUGAUACCACUUUCAUGUCUGUACGGAAGCUACACCAGCAGCCAGUUAGCUUAGCUUAGCAUAUAGAAUGGAAACCAGGGGAAACAAGUAGCCUGGCUCUGUCCAAUGAUAAAAAAGAAUCAGUACAUGUACACAACAGUACAUAUGUUAAAUAGUGAACUUUAGAGGUGCUGGAAGGCAGAGCCAGGCCUUGUUUCCAGUCAAACUGGUAAUGGCUGUAACCUUAGUACAGACAUGGGAGUGGUAUCAAUCUUUUGAUCAAACUCUCAGCAAAAAUAAGCAUAUUCCCAUAAAUGUCAAAUUAUUACUUAAACAUACAUUUUAGCAUCUUGUAACCUCAAAGGAGUAGUUUGACAUUUUGGGAAAUAAGCCUUUUUCUCUUUCUUGAUUGAUACCACUCUCAUGUCUGUAGGCUACAGUAAGCUAAACAUGAAGCUACAGCCAACAGACAGUUAGCUUAGCUUAGCUUAGCAUAAAGACUUGAAACAGGGGGAAACAGCUAGACUCUCUCCAUACAGAGGUAAACAACAAGAUAUAACGUGUUGAUUUGUGAGAUACAGAGGUACUAUUUGGUUUUGCCUUUGGACAGAGCCAGGCUAGCUGUUUCCUCUUGUUUCCAGUUAAGCUAAGCUAAGCUAAGCUAAACUAAGCUGGAUGUAGCCUUGAUGUACAAAUAUGAGAGUGGCAUCAAUCUUCUCGUCUAAAUCUCUGCAAGUAAACAUGUCCCAAAAGUGUCAAACUAUUCCUUUAGUCAUUUAAAAAAACAUGUGAUAAAAAAUUUCCACAUAGGCCUAUUUGAAAUGCAAAAUUGCAUUGCCAGUCGCUAACAAUCUUAGCUGACUCCCUAGAUAUGAUGCCAUAUCUUUAACAUUUGCAUGCGUAGAGAGAGAAAGUAGUACAGUACGUUCUCUCUCUCUGUGUCUCUAUGAUGCCAUUUGUGGCUGAAGGGAUACUGGGCUGUGACUGAGCUGGUAGAGGACCAAUUCAACACACAGGAACACAGGACAAUUAAUAGUCCCUUAUGGUUCUCAUAUUCAAAAUUAGUUUAUUAGGAUAAACCCCUUGCAAUGUAUCAUCUCGUUUUCGAGGGGGUCCCAACAUAUAACACAAUCAUUACAUAACAACAGAGGAGUGAAAUAAAAUAAAAUAAAAAUACAAGUAGCAAUAUGACAGCGUACAUAUAUAAAGCAAAAAAAAAAAGACAAGUAGGGCUGAAGCUGGGUCUUCCUGCCAUCUAGCAGUCUGAUAAUUGAACUCCUCAGGAAGUGGGCACCAUGAGAAACCCUCUACAAUGAGCAGGCAGCAGCACAAUCAAUACUGAUAUUGAUUAUCACCAGUAGUUAGACUUAAUAUGGAGUGAUAGAAGAGUAUCCCCACGGUGUAUACCAUAUUUGCUUGUCUGCAAAAUACUUUUACAGAAUAGGUCCAUUUUAAGAUAUAUUCCUCCUCCUCCUCUCUCCUCAGAAAUGGGCAUACCACAUUUUGAAAAUAAUGUCCUUAAAUAUGCAUUCCUUUUUUAUAUAUUUCAAGUGGUAAUAAGUAAACAUCAGUGAAACUUAAAAUUCUAAUUUCCUAAUCAUGCUAGAAAUAAUACAUGCUGACAGUGUCCUUUAAAAACCUAAUAAUCCGUACAUUUCAUUUGCUAUUUCUGCCAAGAAAUGGACAGAGUUUAGAUGUGUCCGACCUGUGCAGCAGUGCCUUUACCAAUGUGCCUUUUCAAUAAGAAUAGAGCACAGAUAAUGUAUGAAUAUGAGUAUAGACAUAGUGCAGGCUGAUAUACUGUAUGUUGCUGAUAUCUGAUGCUUUUGUAAAAGCUGGGCCCAGUGGAGAAAUGUUGAGCCCUAACAUACAGUAAGUACAUUUGAUUGUGACCACAAUAAUGUAUCUUGUAUUAAAUGUAUUUUUAGGAGCCCCGUAUUUUGGAUGGUUGAGUGAUACCAUGAAUUAAAAAAGUAUUUUAAACCACAGGAGUGUUGUAAUAAUAUGUACUCUAACAAAGAGACUCUGUUUUACAUUGAUGUAGUCACUCACAUUAACACCUUAGAUGUCUGGUGAAGCUGCAAUCAAUUCAUGUAUUGACAGAUCCUUUAUUAAAGUAAAAGUACCAAUA